GCGGCUACAUCGACGUCACCGGACGGAGAUAUAAAUACACGGCAUCCAUCGAGCUUCUUCAGUGGGCAUGUCGGCUGGCCUCGCGUCGGCAUCAUGUCAAACCCGUUUAUUUUCUUCAUGCAGCUGCUCGUCUUGGGAUCGACAGCGACGGUCCGAGAAACGCAUCGCACAUUCGUCCUCGCUGAACCCCUGGAAAAUUUUGAAGACUGCGCAGGACAACCAGUGUACUACAAGCAGUGCUGGGAAUGCUGGGAAGUGUCACGUGCGGCUACAUCGACGUCACCGGACGGAGAUAUAAAUACACGGCAUCCAUCGAGCUUCUUCAGUGGGCAUGUCGGCUGGCCUCGCGUCGGCAUCAUGUCAAAUCCGUUUAUUUUCUUCAUGCAGCUGCUCGUCUUGGGAUCGACAGCGACGGUCCGAGAAACGCAUCGCACAUUCGUCCUCGCUGAACCCCUGGAAAAUUUUGAAGACUGCGCAGGACAACCAGUGUACUACAAGCAGUGCUGGGAAGUGUCACGUGCGGCUACAUCGACGUCACCGGACGGAGAUAUAAAUACACGGCAUCCAUCGAGCUUCUUCAGUGGGCAUGUCGGCUGGCCUCGCGUCGGCAUCAUGUCAAAUCCGUUUAUUUUCUUCAUGCAGGUUAGUGAUGAUGUUUCAUCUGUCAAAUGUGACGACCCUUUCUUUGUCCAGCUGACAUGCCCAUGUAGCUUAAGCAGAAUCUGUUCUGGUGUACGCGAAAUGCUUCUCUCUUUGCUUUUGUUGUGUGGCGACGUCGAGCCGAAUCCCGGCCCUGACGUUCAAAAGUUGCUUGCUGAGCUUUUAGAUGGUCAGAAAAGCAUUCGGAAGAGGCUGGAUGGCAUUGAGCUAAAGUUAAAAAAAGUGGAAGAAGUCGCUACGGCUGUAAAUGAGGUGAAAACAAUGACGUAUAAGUUGGAAAAAAGGGUCGUAAGCUUGGAAAGCAAGCUAGCUGAUCUUGAAGAUAGAAAUAGGCGGAACAACUUGAUCGUCUUUGGUAUACCGGAAACAACUAAUGAAAGUUUCGAUGAACUCAGCGAGAGUGUGUUGAAGGGUGUGUUUACUGAUAUCCUGGAAAUACAAGUAUCGUCUGCGGAAAGAAUUCACAGAAUUGGGCGCAAACAACUACGUAAGCCUCGCCCCAUAAUUCUGAAGCUUAUUGAUUACCGUGAGAAGGUUGCUGUGCUUAAAAAUUGCUUCAAACUAAAGGGUACAGGUUUCUCGAUUUCUGAGGACUUCUCGGAAGCUACACGUCAUAAAAGAAGAAAACUUUGGGAAAGCACGGCGGAAAAUCGAAGGGCAGGCGAAAAGGUGAAAUUAAUCUACGACAAAAUCCGAGUUAACGGUGUUCUGUUCGUUUGGGAUGCAGACCGUAACGAACGAGUGCCACUUCAAGGUAAUGCCGUUAAGGAAUCUCAGCAGUGAACCGAAGCACAAUCAGGCAAUUCACUUCGCUGCAUUCAGUUUAACGCCCGCAGCAUCAUUAAUAAACUUGAUGACCUGGAAAGUAUCACAAUAGCGCAUGCACCCCAUCUGAUUGUAAUAACAGAAACCUGGUUACAUUCAGAUAUUAAGGACGACGAAAUAACGCCCCCAGGAUAUGGCAUUUAUAGGAAAGACAGACCUUCUCGUGGUGGUGGUGUGGCCGUCCUGUUUAAAAACUACCUCAAUGUGACUAGGCUUUCUGAUAGAGACGGUAUUGAAUGUGUCAUUAUUAAAAUACACCUUGAGGAAAUGAAUCUGGUUGUGGGUGCAUUUUACCGCCCUCCGAAUGCCGAGAAGGCGUUUUUUGAUGGUUUUAAUGAUUUUCUUUGUUCUUGCAACACAAGCACUUGUAAUAUAUUGUUAGCUGGCGAUUUUAAUAUUCCUCAAGUUAAUUGGGACGCGGACUUCCCGGAACCGCUUUCUAGUGCUGCUGAGCCCUUGGUCGACAUUGUUCUUUUCCAUGACCUAACACAGUUAGUAAAACAACCCACCCGUGUUCAAAGUAACGCACAAUCUAUUUUGGAUCUUUUUCUUGUGAGUGACAGAAUCCUUCGUCGAAAUCCUGCUUUGUGCGUCUAUGACGGUGUAUCCGACCAUCGAUUGUUAUCUUUAAGCAUUCCACUGCGCGUAAGGAAAGAAGUGAAGGAAAAACGCGUAGUGCCAAAUUUCACUCGUGCUGAUGACGUCGCCGUUCUUGACCUGUUAGAUAUAUCGUUUUCUGAUUUCAGUGAUAUGUAUGAGUCAAGUAGUUGCUCUGUCGAAGAUUUGUGGGGUUUCUUCAAGAAUCUUGUUAUGAAAUGCGUCUCAAGUCAUGUGCCCUCAAA